AUGGCCAGAUCAGAGACCAAGCCCGAACCGCAAGCGCAAGCUCCGGAGUCGUGGACUGCGUGCUACCACCGGCUGGUUCAACCUCAAUGGGGUCCCUGCGCAAUUGGUGGCCGGUCUUGCAUUUACAAUCCCGAUUGUACGAACCUAGACGCAUCCAAGCCUCUACCAGAAGAAUAUGGAAAUCGAAGCGCCGAGCACAAACCAAAGAUUAGCUCUUUCACAGACUUGUCGAAUUUUAUUCGUGAUAAGCAAGCGGGCUUUCGCCCACGAGGGGAACCUGUUAUCCCACACACUACCGACGAAAAUGUGGCUCUUCUUACUCCUAGCUCUUCAUUUGCCUCUGCGACCUCCCCAAGCACGUAUGGCUAUCAGGUAGCCAGGAAAUUCGAAUGUUUGGAAACAGCUUCCAAUGGGGUUCAUGCCGAGCAGAAGUCUUCAUCGCAGCAUGUCACCGACGACCGAAUCAUCAGUGCAGCAAAAUUGAGUCCUGCAUCCCACCUAACUUCAAUGGAUCAGAUAUCUGAUGCCGAGGUGCUGGACAGCAGUGCUAGUGUGGCUGACCCGUCUCCCUCCUGGAUCUCAGAACACCCGGUUCAGCUCUCAAAAUUGGAGCUCCUUCUUUUCCCAGAACUUUAUUCAUACAGUGAGCAAUUUACUCGAUUUUCAUGA